CAAGCCCUCUGCCAUCCAUGGAUCCGUGGCACACAGGAAGUUAAGAUUAAUCUAGACAUGAUAAUCUACAGGCUUAUGAGGGCUUACAUAAGUUCAUCUUCUCUACGGAAAUCUGCAUUGAGGGCUCUUGCAAAGGCACUGACGACAGAUCAACUCUUCUACCUAAGAGAGCAGUUUACAUUAUUCGGUCCAAACAAGAGUGGCCAUAUAUCAUUGCAAAAUAUGAAGACGGCCUUGAUGAAAAAUUCCUCGGGUGCAAUGAAUGAUUCUAGGAUUCUUGACUUUGUUAACUCAAUAUGCAAUAUCCAAUAUGGCAUGAUUGAUUUUGAAGAGUUCUCUGCUGCGGCCAUUAGUGUAUAUCAAAUGGAAGGCCUGGAGACCUGGGAAGAACAUGCUCAACAAGCAUAUGAAUUGUUUGACAAGGUUGGAAAGGGGUUGCUGAAGGACUAGAAUGCUCAGAAGCUUGCGUUGCAGCACUGGCUGGAAGCGGCCGCACUUGAAGAAAUCUUAUAUCAGUUUGAGGAAAAACUCCAAGCUGAAAGAGAGGAAGCUACUAGGAAGCAGGAAGAGUUGCAAGCACAACUACAAGCUCAACAGGUCGCACUUGAAGAAAACCAAAGUUUGUUGCGCCAGGCCCAAGAGGAAGUGAAGGGGAUGCAUACCAAGUUUGAAGAGACCAAUGCACUGCUACGAGCUGUCUUGAAACUUCAGAAAGAUUGAGGUAGGGAUGCAUACCAAGUCUGAGGAUGAUGCCUUUGCUUAAGGUUUUUCUACCUUGCUAGAACAUAUCUGUGGUUAGAACUUUGUCAGAACUACGUGCAAUCUGUUUGAAUGCUUCAAACCUUUGUGGUGGAACCUUUGUAUGUUUGAACCUCUGUUGUGGAAGAACUAGUGUGCUGGAAUUGUGUAUGACUUGUGAUGAGAAUGUUGUGUAUGAUGGCUUUUCUGUGUAUUA